AGCGGUAGCUGCAGAGCCAGACAGGAGCUGCCUGUGGGGCAUGGAAGCAGCCUUCCCGGUAGCCCAGAAAGGAGCGAGCGAGCCCCGCUGCCUGUGACCCAGGCGUCAGGCUGCUGUCCCCUGCCUGAGGAGCUCGUCAUCCACACAGAGGUUUCUCCCUUCCUUCUUUUCCAAGUAUUCCUCUGCAGGGCCGGCUGAAGCCAGAAGCCAAGCUAGCGGGGAUCAUGGAGCUGCUGUCCACUCCCCACAGCAUCGAGAUUAACAACAUCACCUGUGACUCUUUCCGUAUCUCCUGGGCCAUGGAAGACAGUGACCUGGAGAGGGUCACCCACUAUUUCAUUGACCUCAACAAGAAGGAAAACAAGAACUCCAACAAGUUCAAGCACCGGGAUGUCCCCACCAAGCUCGUGGCUAAGGCAGUGCCUCUGCCCAUGACAGUGAGAGGCCACUGGUUUCUGAGUCCCCGGACGGAAUACAGCGUGGCUGUGCAGACGGCCGUGAAACAGAGUGACGGGGAGUACCUGGUGUCAGGCUGGAGUGAGACCGUGGAGUUCUGCACUGGGGACUAUGCUAAGGAGCACCUCACCCAGCUGCAGGAGAAGGCUGAGCAGAUCGCUGGCCGCAUGCUCCGCUUCUCCGUGUUCUACCGCAACCAUCACAAGGAGUACUUCCAGCAUGCCAGGACCCACUGCGGGAAUGUGCUGCAGCCUUACCUGAAGGACAACAGUGGCAGCCACGGCUCCCCGACCAGUGGCAUGCUGCACGGCGUUUUCUUCAGUUGCAACACUGAGUUCAACACAGGCCAGCCCCCCCAGGACUCCCCUUAUGGCCGCUGGCGCUUCCAGAUCCCAGCCCAGCGCCUCUUCAAUCCCAGCACCAACCUCUACUUCGCGGACUUCUACUGUAUGUAUACAGCCUACCACUAUGCCAUCCUGGUUCUGGCACCCAAAGGCUCCCUGGGGGACCGCUUCUGUCGUGACCGCCUGCCUCUCCUGGACAUUGCCUGCAACAAGUUCCUGACCUGCAGCGUGGAGGAUGGGGAGCUGAUCUUCCGCCAUGCUCAGGACCUCAUCCUGGAGAUCAUCUACACCGAGCCCGUCGACCUGUCCCUGGGCACCCUGGGAGAGAUCAGCGGGCACCAGCUCAUGAGCCUGUCCACUGCGGAUGCCAAGAAGGAUCCCAGCUGCAAAACCUGCAAUAUCAGUGUUGGCCGCUAGGGACUCCUCCUGGGGAGCUGGAGGGCUGGGGAGAGAUGACAGGAAGGAG